UUCAAAAACACGAGGAAAAAUGACUGCUGAAGUUUGAAUGGAAUGUACAUAGUGAAGUUGUGAGUGUAAUCAGGAGUCAUCCGCGUUGUAAAUAGUCAUUUUUAACUGUUUUUCGUCCCCUACGUAAUUUUAAAGAACCGCUCUAGCCAUCAGACGCGAUAGUUGGCCCCAAAUUCGGCGCCGUCUCGUGAAAAAAGCAGCCGAAAAUCGAUCGUCGCUGAGCCGCUACCUGCUCGGCCGCACCAUUUUUGCAUCCCGGUUUUUGCGACUUGAGGGUGUUUCCAGUGAUUGACCCUUUGAGCACCCUGCCGAGCAUAGAAUGAAGUGGCUCGGAUCUGAUCCAACGGCUGGCGGAAACGAACACCCAUCUUCUGGAAUCCUGGGAAAUGGUCAUCAAACCUCGCCGGAAAUGCUACGAAAUCCUCAAGGGGUUGUUAUGGAGGCUCAAGGCAGGCCUCAGGUGAGGGGUUCUCAAGAUGACUCUUUCGUGGGAUAUGUUUUCCAACGAGCACAAACAGACCCCGAUUUCCCUCAUUACGCUGCCAUCAAGCAGCCGGCACGCUGGGCACUCGGAGAUGACACCUUUAUCGAUAAUCAUCAUGUAAUCCAUGAUCGGUGGAAGGUUUCUCCUGGUAAAAUGCAGCCCCAAAUGAUGCCUCAGAUUCAACUGGCAAGUGCAUAUGAAAUGCAUCAGGCUGCAGUGCUCAAGCACCAAGAACAAAUGGUCUACAUGAACACAGCAAUGACGACGCCUCCGCCGCAUCCCUCGUUGGUUGGACAACCACACAAUAGGAACGGACAGAUUACUUCAGCGACAAAGAAGCUAUGGGGAAUGGAGGAGCAUCAGAAAGACGACAAAGGUGGCGGUCCAGGUGGCAACAUUUUGCAGCACCUGGGCGACCACCACCAAGUUUGGAGGGAUACCACGUGGAGUAAUGCAGAUCACGCCGUUUCUCAACCAAUCUCGAUGACGCCGAGAAGAGCGGGCAGCUUUCCCGGACCGGACGCAGCCUCGAUUUUGUCCCCCAGAUCCGAGACUGGCGGAUUAGGUGUAAAAAUGGUCGAAUACGUUUUAGGAUCGUCGCCGACGAGCAAAGAACUGGAACCCAGAUUAAGAGUUCUUGGACUGAACGGGUCGGAUGGGAAAAAGGAGCAGGGAGACAAAGCGCCGUCGCCUUUCGAGGCUGCACAAAAGGAUAAUGAGAACGGCCAAAACGGACAGCAAUCGGCCGGACAGAACGGACUGGACGACGACAAGGGAUUCAAUCGAACACCUGGAAGUCGUCAGCCCUCACCUUCGGAGGAACAGUUAGCAGGCGCAGUGAAGCAGGUCAAAAUCGAAGACCAGCAACCCCAUCCACCCCAUGUUGCCAAUCAUCUACCCGCUAAUGUUGUAGUUGUGCCUGUCCCUUCCAAUCCCAAUGUGGUCCCACAAAUGGCGAUGCACCACGCAAUGCACCCAGCCCUUCACCCAGGUCACAACAUGCAUCAUCCGCACCACAUGCAGUCCAUGGACGGCUCUCAAUUCGACCACCACGGCAUGCUCUCUGACCAAAACCAGGGUGUCCAGCAGCAACAGCAGCUGUUCUCCGACCCCAAUGGUCCCAACCAGGGUGGCUACGGCAUGAUCGCCCCUCCGCCUCAACAGCAGCAGCCAAUGGACUCCCCCGGCGUGAUGACUAAUUUCGAUUUGCAGGCUGUGUUCCGUAAUCAACCUCAGACUGCGUCCCAACAGUUGCAGCUGCUGCAACAGCAACAGUACCUCGCCUCCCAACAACAGCAACCGCAAAUAGCCGGACUUGCGCCACCCACUGCCUUCAACGGCGCCGCGUACUUGAUCAACCCCCAAGAUUACGCCACAAUCAUUCCCGGCGCCACCGUGCUGCCCCAGUACUAUGGGGUGCCGUGGCCUGCCCUGCAAGCCUACCCUGCAGGCCUGCUGCAGCCGAACGCUGCGGCCGCCGUCGCCGCCCAGCAGCAACAGAACUCGCAGCAGAGGAGGCCCCUCACGCCCAGCUCUGCCAGCGACGUCAGCAACAGCAGUGGCAGCCUCUCACAGGUGCCUGGUGGGUACCAAAUGAUUCCUGCCUACUACCAUGAAAAUGGAGGCAUUGUCAUGGGCAACAUGCGCGGCCUGGGCAACGCUACCCCCUUGAGACUUGUUAGUCCGGCGCCGGUUCUCGUCAAUCCCGGCUCGGCAGGAAACGGCGUCAGGUUGCUGAACAGCCAACCCCAACCGAUCCAGACCCCUCCGGCCUCGCUCUACUCGGCGACGCAGCCUCCCUCGUUGUACUCCAACACCUCCGGCAGCGGCACCCCCAUUGGUGGAUCGGCCGCAGCCACUCUGACAGGGGUUGGUUUCAACACCCUGGGCUUAACGCAGCAGCAGCAGCAAUCGCAGCAGCAGCAGCAGUCCAGCCAGCAGCAGCAAAGUCAGCAGCAGCAAACUCUGUCCGCUGCUGUUGCUGCUUCCUAUGGGAAUAAUUCUCUCGGUACUAUUGGCUCUCCGGCUGUCUUGGGUUCCCUCGGCUCAGGUCUAGGUCUAGGCUCGGGCAGUUCCGGCCGCCGAGACUCCUUCGACAGAAACACCUCCGCCUUCUCGCCGUCCCUCGACUACGGACGAGGAAAAUGGGCCCAGAACUACGGCGCCCUUGGCACUGUGACCGCUUCGCAAUCUCCGCUGGGACUGACAGGCGGCUCCCUGACGCCGCCGCCCUCCCUCAACCUGGGCGGCACGGCUCUGGGCGCCAUCAUGAACUCGAGUCGCAUCCUUUCGGCCGCUCCAGGGGCCGAGGCGGCCAAGUUCCGCAGCAACCUGGGCCAGCUGCACAACGGCUACAGCAGCGUGACCAACGGCCUGACCAGCAGCGGCGCCACCUCUCCAGGAGGCCUCGGCAUGAGCACCCAGUCCCUGUUCGCCAAGCUGGGCCAGGUGGCCGCCGGGGCGGCCACUGUGUCCAACGGCCUGGACACGAAACCUCCAGGCCGCAGCCGACUCUUGGAGGACUUCCGGAACAACCGCUUCCCGAACCUGAGUCUGCGCGACCUGACGCAGCACAUCGUCGAGUUCUCGCAGGACCAGCACGGCUCGAGGUUCAUCCAGCAGAAGCUGGAGCGCGCCUCAGUCGCUGACAAACAGGCCGUCUUCAACGAGAUCCUGGUGCACGCGCACGCCCUGAUGACCGACGUCUUCGGCAACUACGUCAUCCAGAAGUUCUUCGAGUUCGGCACCCCUGAGCAGAAACAGACCCUGGCGCAGAAGGUGCGCGGCAAUGUGCUCGCCCUGGCCCUCCAGAUGUACGGCUGCCGAGUGAUCCAGAAGGCCCUUGAGACCAUCUCGGCCGAGCAGCAGCACGAAAUUGUCGCCGAACUGGACGGCCACGUGCUCAAGUGCGUCAAGGACCAGAACGGCAACCACGUGGUGCAGAAGUGCAUCGAGUGCGUCGACCCGCACUCCCUCCAGUUCAUCAUCUCUGCCUUCCAAGGACAGGUGUUCUCCCUGUCCACCCAUCCGUACGGUUGCCGAGUGAUCCAGCGCAUCCUGGAGCACUGCACCCAAGAGCAAACAAUGCCCAUUCUGGAUGAGCUUCACUCCCACGUGGAACAACUGAUUCAGGACCAGUACGGAAACUACGUGAUUCAACAUGUGCUUGAGCAUGGAAAGCCUGAGGACAAAGCAAAACUGAUAAAUGCUGUGCGCGGCAAGGUGUUGGUGCUUUCCCAACACAAGUUUGCGUCCAACGUCGUGGAGAAGUGCGUGACCCACGCGUCUCGCCCUGAAAGGUCAUUCCUCAUCGAUGAAGUUUGCAGUUAUGCCGAUAGCAACGCUUUGCAAACAAUGAUGAAGGACCAGUAUGCCAACUACGUGGUCCAGAAGAUGAUCGACGUUGCCGAGCCAGGGCAGCGCAAGACCCUGAUGCACAAGAUUCGUCCCCACCUGAGCUCUCUGCGCAAGUACACGUACGGCAAGCACAUAAUCGCCAAGCUGGAGAAGUACUUUGUCAAGAACCCGACCCCCGAUCUGGGACCCAUCGGACCACCCACCGUCAAUCCGGUCCCACUCUGAAUGUCGCCGUCAAUCGGGUCCGCUUCUGUUUUAAAUUUUGAUUUUGACUAAAUUUUUUUUUACAUCGAGCAACAACAAAAUCACACAAACACCCACAUACACGCGCGCGAACAACAAUUUUUGCUACCCUGCUGCAUUUUCAAAUUGUGAUACGAGCCUCAGGUAUAUUUAGAAUCACGUCUCAUCUGUGGUGUUGAUCAAAAGGGAAGAGAGGACAAAAUAAAUUUUUCACUUCUCGCAAGAACAUUAUUGGAGCAGUGGAGCGGAAGGAAAAAUUUUUGUUCUCCCAGAGGCGUCGCAUUAAAUUACUUUUUGUUAUUAUCGGGUCUAAAAAUUAAUAAAUUCCGAGCAGGGUAACCGUCAGUAAUGCAGAUUAUUUGGAAAAUUCAUGGUUGCGUGUCCAGUUAAUUAAUCAAAAGAAGAGAAGUAUUUUGACUUGGCAACCACCCACAUGAUAACACUCCUUUUGUGUCUUCUGGUAUGUAGGUGUUAAGCAGUUCUUGUGUCGGUGGUUAAUUAGCCAAUCAAACAUACUCACAUACUUGUUGCGUAGAAGAAAGAAAACGACCGUGCUUUCUUGCUCUUGUCUCCACACAGGUGUAAAUAUUUUUAAAUUGAAGACUUGAAAUUUUGGUUCGAGAAUUAUUUUUAUACUUUUUGGUUGCCCACCAAUAAAUUUGUAAUGAAACAAAAAGCUGCGGUCGAUUGAACGAUGAUAAGAAGCUCUCUCAGUUUUUUUCUGGAUUUUUUUCACCAUUGACGACUAUUUUUGGUAUUUUGCAUUUUUUUAUAUACGUGAAAUUUUUAGAAUUUUACUUUAUACGAUUUAUACUAGAUGGUAGUGUGAUGGUACGUUUUAUUUUAAUAUACUUGAGAGGACGCGUAUAUAUGUAGGUAGCAUUACGAUUGGGCGAGAAAUCGAACUUAUCAGGUGGUGGGUAAUAUUUUGACUGCUGCGUAUUAUUAUGAUUACUAUUACGAUUUCAUUGCGUACGAAUAAUAGACAUGAAUUUAUCAUUAACUGUGAAGAUGUGUUUCUCUCACACACACACUCGUAGGUUCCACUGAUUGUGCGUAAAAAAGCUUGAAUUCUGGCAAAGAUGGCAUUGAUUUUGUUUUCGACCCGAAAAGCUCAAGCAUCAUUCUCUCUAAAUAAAUUAAAUGAAACAAGCAAAAGUAUAAAAAAAUCGAGCGCCCAUUCCUUCCUCAUUCGUCGCCGGUGAAUUAAUAAUUAAUUGCAAAAACAAACAAACACGACGCCCCCUGUUUGCAUUUUUAUAAACGCCGCCCUAGCGAUAUAAAUAUUGGAAAAAUUGUAAGAUAAAUGUUGUAAAAUCUUUGUGAAUAGAGCAGAGCCACGAAAGUUUAAAAUCGCGUCCCCCGUUGAUUCCCACCAGCUAUAAAUAAUGUUUGUAAAAUGAACAUAAUAUGAUGGAAAAUAUUUUAUUAUACAAAAGUGGAAGAACUUUUUUAAUUCCGCCUCUAUACACUUACACACUGAAACACCGCAAGUUUUAUACGAAAGUGCGUAAAUAUAAAUGAUGAACUUCCUGUACAGUUUUUAAUUAUCUCGCCUCUGCAUCUCCAUGCCCCUAAUUUUUAUAUAAAUAUGAACAAAAAACGUUGUACAUUUUUUUGACGAAAAGACUUGAAGCGCAUUAAAAACUUAACUAUCAAAAUCUGUGGUGAUGAGAGAGAUUGUAAAUAAAGAAGGAAUUUGAGCAAACAACUGCAGCAAACGAAUGUGAUAUUUCUGCAUUGGUCUUCGAAUGAACGAACAACGGGUGCUCGAAAAUUCACACAUUAAAAAUUCAAUCCAAACAAAAAAUCAUUGCCAUCUGCGUGUGUACGUUUGAUGAAAACAUAAAAAAACAACGUAGAGCUAAUUAAGGAUAAAAGAAAUAGGCGUAUUUAAAAAAACAAAACACACCGUACUGCUUGAUUUUCGAUUUUACUCUUAAUGGUAGGUGUAAUUUUUCACACAAGUGUUAUAAUCGAUCAGUGUUUUCUACUGUAGGAUUAUGAUUAUAAAUUUGUCUCAUCGAGUAUGCUUUAGAUGACGGGAAAAAAAUGAGAAAAUACUUGACACUUUCACACAGCUGCCCAAAAUUUUGGUAAAUAAAUUGGAGUGUAAAAAAAAGAGCGAAAACCACCGCGCUGUCCUCCACAACAGUGGAAGGGGAUUUUUAUUGCCUGAACGACAAAAAAAACUUGUAUAAACAAAAUUCACAAUGAGCUUUCCGAGUAAAUACCACACACCUUAUAACAUUAUUAGAUAAAAAAUGAACAGAUUAUGAGUAUAUAAUUAUUAUAUGAGAAAAAAUUGAAUGUUGUAAUUACUAUAAAUGAUUAUUAUGUCUCUGUGUAAUUUCUGUUAAGUAACAAUUAAUUGUAUCGGAUCAAGUGAUCUCAAAGGGGUUGGUCUCUCGUUCGUGAUGAAAGUGAAAUCAAUUAAAAAGAAACUCCGGCGCCUCGGUCGAGCGCCUUUUCCUGCAGACAAAAUUGCCCAACGUGCCCCGCCCGAAAAUCAUUGUAAUAUUUCAUUCUCAUUGACCUUUGUACUGAGAUUUUUGUAAAUAAAUAGACAUUAUUGUAGAGAAGUAAAAAAAAAAAGAAAAUAAGUAAGCACUUUGGGCUCGACCGUUGGCGCCGGUUUGCAGAUCUAAUGAAAAAUGGCAGUUCCAUACCCCUCACAACACAAACUCUGUAAUUUUGUCCAAAAUCUGAAGCUCGAGAAAGUAUAUAAAAAUAUAAAUUCGAACCCAUUGUGUAAAUCCAAUUCUCCGGCGAUUAUUUCUUUCUCUUAUUAAAUCGGUUUGAUUUAGUUUUUAAUUAAUUAAUUCUCUCUUCAUGUAUGUGAACUUUGAUAAAUAUUUUUUUCAAGCGCAUUCACUUCUGCUGUAUCGAUUAGUGUGUAUUUUUUAAGUAUCAAACGUUUUUUUCUAGCGCGGUAAAUUAUUAUUCUUGAUUUACAUUGUAAUCGAGUUAAUGUGUAAUUAUUAUUAAAUAUCAUACUUUUAGCAUAUAGAGUGUAAUUCUCAAGCGAGACACGUUUCUCUUUUUUUUGUACUUGAAUUUUUUUAAAGAGUUGUUUCUCUGUUUGUUUCACCAAUUACGUUGACGGCCGAUUUUUUUUAACCCCGCUGAUGUGACAGCAAAUCCUUGUUUUUGAUUUGGCAAAAUUUUAUUGAAGACAGCUUGCAUGAGAAUUGAAAUUGAACGAUAAGUGGAAGAAGAAAAAAACGUGAAUAUUUUUCGAACGGCGCCGACGCCGCUGCUUUUUGUAAAUACACAAACACUCGUCGUCACAACAUGCAUCUGGGUAUAAAAAAGUAAAAGGAAAGAAAGUGCAAAAUUUUUAAAAUCAACUCUACGUCACUUUGCAUGUAAGAAAAGAAGAAGUGUGUUCGGCACUCAAAUUCAAUUGUUGCGAUUCACUUCACGCAUCGUGGAAAAUUUAUAUAUAUUUAAAAAGGAUUGUAAGAUAAACGCAAAAAAUUUUAUGAAUUGAAAAAAAGCGCUCUUAAAAAUGCAUCAUCUUUUAUUAGGCUUUAAACGCAUUAUAAUAAUCUAUACCACACACAAAUACACUCACACACUGUCUCUGUUUGGAACACACACUCACACACACACACACACUUGUAGAAAGAAUCUAUUAAAUAAUCAUUCAACACCCCACAAGUCAUGUAUAUGGUGUACAAAGUGUAACAACUUGGAAAACGUAUAAAAAUAUGUAUGAACAACAGUAAUAAAUCGAAAACCUCGAAAAUGAA